AUGUCGCAGACACCCUCGGGCCACAUCGACUAUCGCACCUCGGCCCACCUCAUCUUCUACGGCCCCACCCUGCCCCACCUCGAAAACCUCAUCACACCCUCCCGCCACCCGCAGACGCUCGACAGCGGCUGGCGCGUCUACCUCGUCGUCGCCCUCCGCCUUGCCUACCUCGUCUGCAUCGUCGUCCCCGUCCACGUGGCCCUGACGCUCCUCAGCUUCGCGCGGUGCAGCCGUCGACGCUGGCUCGACCACGCAUACCCGCCAUCGCGCCUGCCCGCACGCCAGCCCAGCUGGACGCUCCUCCGCACCUUGGCCGUGCCCCUGUCCUACUCGAUCCUCUGGGCCGUAUCCUACGGCGCACCACGCCGCGCAGACGGCCGCUACGAGGGCGCGGCCAGGCAUACACGCCUCAAUCGCCUCGGCAUCUCGUAUCAGGGCUGGAGGAUCGACUGCGAGGCCGUCGUCAUCCCGCCCCUGCCCCUCCCUCGACCCACCGCCAAGCCAGCGCCGCCGCCGCCCAACGGCAAGGCGCACCCCGACGACCGGUCGGAAAAGCAGGAGGGCCAGCCCGGGCCCGAAAACGGCCACCCGCCACGUUUCGACGACGCACCAACUGAGGACGCAUCCGAGUUGCUGCGCCACCGUCGACCUCGCCCGGCGCCGCAGCGGGUGCCGACCCAGGAAGCCGUCGGGUACGAAGACGACGAGCGUGUCCCCCCGGACGUGCUGCGGGGCGAUGUGGCAGGGCAGCGCUUCGGCGUCGAGCCACGGCCGUGUCCGGCCUUCUGGCUUUGGAAGACGCACGCGGCCGAAGUCAAGCACGGCAAGGUGACGGCCGUCAAGCCGGGUUCGUCGCAGGCGGGCAUCGGGUGCGGUCCGGCGCUGGGGCCCGACGAGCGCGUCGUCCUCUACCUCGUAGGCGGCGCCUACGUCCAGGGCCACCCGCUGCUCUCGUCGAUUGCCGCCUCAGUGUGCCGCACCACGUCGCUGCGCGUGCUGUGCGUAAACUACCGCAAGGCCACAUCCGACGACCGCGCCUUCCCCGCCGCGCUCCAGGACGCCUUGGCCGGCUGGGUGUACCUCACCAAGCGCCUCGGCUUCCGGCCGCGCAACGUCGUCCUCCUCGGCGACUCGGCCGGUGGUGGUCUGUGCACCAGCCUGCAGAUCUACCUGUCGGCCCUCAUGUUUUCCUCGCGCCUCGACCAUGGCCGCCGUCGCCGCCGCAGCUGCGACCUGGGACGGGCGCGCAAGCUGGUGCUGCACUCGUCGUGGACCGACCUGACGCUGCGCAGCCCGCAGCUCGUCGAGCACGCGCGCUACGACAUCCUCAGCCCGCACAAGCUCUCCGAGGCGCGCGACGCCUACCUCCGCCACGUCCUGCCCAUCCCGGGACGCCGCAACGCCAUCGUCGACCCUCUCCUCGACGCCGCGCCGCUGGGCAAGGGCGCCAUCAAGGACGUGGCGGAACGGUACGACGUCGACUCCCACCCCGUCGGCAGCCCGGCCUACUAUCGCCACCUCGCCCGGCUCGCCGAGGAUCUGCCCGAGACGAUUGUCCGGCUCGGCGCGUUUCAUCCCCUCUUUUCGCCGGGCAUAGCCGUGCGUGAGAACGAGUACCUGCGCAAGGCGCUGCACCUCCUGGGCCCCCCUCCCCCUCGUCUGCGCUCCUCCUCUUCCUCCUCGUCGUCGGAGGAUGACGAAAAAGACACCAAUGACGAAGAAUACGACGACGACGACAAGAUGGAAAUGCUGCUAACCGUCGGAUCCAUCGAGGUAUUCCAGGACCAGAUCCACGCCUUGGCCGACAACCUGCGUUCCCUCUCCUCCUCCUCCUCCUCCUCCUCGUCCUCUGCAGAGACGGGUGAACAGGGCGGGGCACCGCCUCCGCUGUCCAACGUAUCUGUCUCGGUCGUAGAGGGUCUGGGCGAACACCACGUCUACCCCAUCGCGCGCAUCCACGACCGUACCGUCGACCAGGUCAACGCACUCGUCCGCGACUUUAUCACGGCCUAA